GGCACAUCGCUUUCCUGAAGAAGGAGCAGAUGGAGCUGCUCCAUGACCUGCACCUGGAGAUCCUCCGCUUGCAGAAGCACUGCUCAGGGCACACUUCUGAACGAGGAUUAGCCCCGGUAGCUCAGCGCUCUCCCCGGCUGCGUGCUCCUGCACCUUGCAGUAGAUGGGCUGCAGUAGUCACUACCCCGAGGGAUUCGCUGGUGUAAGGAAAGGGAAAAACCCAGCCUUAGCCAGCAAGAUGGUCCUGCCUUUUCCUCCUGUGAUCUGUGCUCACAAAGGUAUUUUGAUUAUGAAAAUGUAAAAGUAGUUCAUCAUUCCUCCCAGGAGCCAGUAGACUAGGGGAAAGAAAAGGGUUGAACGCUGUCGAUAACGGGGCUGUAUGAGACCGUGCCAAGGCCACUUUCAGAACAGGAGGAAAUGUGAUUUUCUUGUUUAUAUUUUGUUACUCUUUAUUCUCUUGCACACAGAGAGGUGAAAUCUGUUCCCUUCCUGCCGGCCCAGCCCAGAGCAGCCCGGCACGAGCGCCGGUGUUGGUACCCCCUUGCCGUGCUUUUCCGCUGCGGUGCUGAACGAGCACUAACGCCAGCAGCAUCAGCACAUCUAUUCCCCCGCCCCAGGUUGCUCCCUGCUCUGGAGGGGGGGGUCCCUGCCGGGCAUCCUCAGCAGCCCCUCACGCAGAGGCCGCAGCCUCCCAGCCUUUCCCAAGAGUGGGGGCUGUCACCAGGAGCCUGGCCCCUCGGGGAGGGGGCAAACAGCUCCCCAGGGUCACGGCAGCCCCUGCGGCAGCCAGCCGGGGUCUGCCCAUCUCCAGUCCCCGGGAAGCACAGCCAGAAGCCUGGCGCGGGGCUCGGGGCCCUGCCCUGGCUGUGGGGUGCACGGUCACCAGCCAGCCCCCCCCCCCAACCCUGCUGCAGCAAUGUCGUCCUCCCCUUCAGCCAGCCUGGCAAGAGCGACGGCUCCCAGCCUCCUGCCCGCCACUGAAACUCAUUCCAACUUGUGCCAUCGCUCUCAUCAAUAAUUCAGCCGUAGCUAAUUACUCCUUGUCUUGCAGCCUGUCAUCCUCCCUGAUUCCUGGGAAACAAAGACAUCUCUGCACUGAUAGAAUUGUCUAUUUUUCCACAUCCUUUCAGAGCUUUUGCUGUUCUGUUUCAUUGUUUUAAUGGCUUCACCUAUGGCCUCUCCAGAUAGGCGAGACAGCGCAGUUCUUGUGCCUGAAUCAGGCUGGGGGGUUCUGAGUCCCCAGGGGCAGAAAUGAGCCCGUUGCACGGUUGGUUAUUAGCAAUCUCCUUCCCAGUGUGGCCAGAUGACAGCACUGUCUGACCGGACAAGUCACAUCCUCGUCUGCGAGGUGUGUGAUUCUGCAACGCCGUUCUGCUAGGAGCGAUGGGGGCAAAGCCCCUGGUUAGUUUUAAGAUGACUUUGCUGAUGGUUUGAAUGCCAUUAUCUGGUAGGGCUGUUUGCACAAGGAAAGCGGAGUCGCUACGUCAGGACUUUCCCCGUCGUGGCCCUGCGGAGCUGUGCCACCUGCCCUGGAGCUGCUGUUUCAGACCCUGACUUUCGCACCAUCCCCUCGGUCUCCCCGAGGCACCACCGUUGGAAAUGCCCACCCUUCUGCAGAGCUCUGUUUCUCAGCUGCCACCUACUCAGCCCUGAGAAGCUCCGUCCGCCUGCAGCAGCAGCAGCAGCAGUGGCGGUUCCCAGGUGCCGGAGCCCUCGCCGAAGCAGGGAGCGACUGCUCCGAGGGGGAGCCGAGCCGGCUGUGUGCGAGGGAAUCCCAGGGGGAGGCACACAGCAAGCCAGCACCUUUGGAUCCGGGCUGGAUCCAGCAGCAGAACAGCCGUGUUCAGAAGGGACCUUACUCAAGUCAAUAAAUCCCCAGGUUUGCUGCCUGUGGACCCAAGGCAGCUCCUGCUGGCUGCACCCGGUGUCCCGGGAGCCUCUGCCACCGAGCAGCGAGGGCCAGCAGCAAGAGCUGAAAGCGGGACGGAGCCUCCACGUGCUCAGCCCCCGCGAGCCCCCCGACACCCGGCAGCCUCGUGCCCUUCGCCACAGCCUGGCAGGAGGAGGGAGCAGAUGCUUUGGGCAAGUACCGCAGCCCUCGCUGCGGGGCCAGGGCAGAGCCGGCCCCAGCAAACCCCCGCAGCCCAGUGUUCCCGGUCGGAGGCUUUACAGGAAGAGCUUACCCAUGACCUGGAAAUAAAAGAGCUGGAAGCCCGCCAGCAAGAUGUGCUGGACCGGGAGCUGGAGGAGAAGUGCCGGGUGAUGGAGGCUCGGCUGCAGGAGAAGGAGAAGGACAACCUGGAGCUGCGCAAGGAGCUGCAGCACAAGGAGACGCUGGUGGCCGCGCUGCGCUCCAGCCUCCGCAGCAAGGAGCGCCGGUUCCUGGAGGAGCUGAAGCGGCGGAGCCACCGCGUCACCAUCCUCGACACCGAGCUGCAGAAGCAGACCGAGGCGGCCGCCUACCUCUCCCUCCAGCUCCACGCCACCGCCCAGCGCCUGCCGGGCCCCCGGCCCCCCGAGCAGCCCCCCGCCGCCCCCCCGCCCGAGGGCAGGCCCCGGCGCCGCGGCCACAGGGCGCACCCCCGGCCCCCCCGGCCGCCCCGGCCCCGGGACCCGGCGCGGGAGGAGCACGACGCCAUGCCCGACCCGGCCCUCUUCCUCUACACGGCGCGGCCGGAGCCCCCCGCCGCCACCCCCCGGGCGCAGCGAACCCCCCGGCAGCCCGGGCGGGAGCCGGCGGCCGGGGCCGGGCCGGCCGAGGGCGAGCCCGGCAAGAGGCAGGGCUCCGGCCCCCGCGGAGCCCCCCGGGCCCGGGAGUAGGGGGGGGGGGGGGGGGCGGCCCGACCCGACCCCCCCGGCCGGG